AUGGCGGACCCAAGGUCCUCGAGCUCUGCUCCCAGAGAUGUAGACAUGGAAAAAGGACUGAGUCCUAACGCUUCCGACCUCGAAGGCGCAACCAUCAGGCCCGAUUCCAGCCCCGAGACUUCAGAAAACAGAGACGAAGCCCCGAAGGAAGACCAAGAUCCCAAUAUCGUCGACUGGGACGGGCCCGACGACCCUGAGAACCCUCAAAACUGGCCGAUGCAACGAAAAUGGCUGAACAUCGGCGCCAUAUCUCUGUUGACUCUAGUAACACCUCUUGGCUCCUCAAUGUUUGCGCCCGGUAUCCCUAAGAUCAUGGUCGAGUUCAACGAGACAUCGUCCAUGACUGCAACUUUCGUCGUAUCCGUUUACAUCCUCGGCUUCGCCUUCGGCCCUCUAAUCGUCGCGCCUCUCAGUGAGGUCUACGGCCGUCGGCCUUUGUACAUCGUCGGAAACGCCCUCUUCACCGCAUUCACUAUCGGUACGGCACUUUCGCAGAACAUGCCGAUGAUGAUGGCUUUCCGCUUCCUGAUGGGACUCGCUGGAUCUGUGCCUAUUACGAUUGGCAGCGGUAGUAUCGCAGACGUCAUGCCCAUCGAACUCAGAGGACGCGCCAUGUCGGCGUGGGCGUUGGGUCCUCUUUUGGGUCCCUGUAUCGGACCGGUUGCCGGAGGCUACUUGAUCAAGGCUGCUGGAUGGCGCUGGAUCUACUGGCUUGUGGUUAUUAUUGGUGGCGUAUUCAUUCCGCUCUCGUUCUUCAUGAUGAAAGAGACCUUCGCUCCCGUUCUUCUCGACCGCAAAGCCCAGCGCCUCCGCAAGGAGACUGGCAACCCCAACCUCCGCAGCAAGCUCGAGACCUCGGCCAAGGUUUCCGACAAGUUCAAGUUCGCCAUUAUCCGACCCUUGAAACUGCUCUUCGCAACACCCAUCGUCACCCUCAUGGCUCUCUACGUCGCCGUUACCUACGGAAUUCUCUACCUGCUCAUCACUACAUUUUCUUUCGUCUUCAGGGACUUCUACGGCUUCGAUGAGGGAACUGUCGGUCUCACCUUCUUGCCUGCCGGUAUUGGUAUGAUGAUCGGUGUGAUGGCUUUCGGACCUCUGACCGAUCUCAUUGUGAAGAGAAACAAGGCCAAGGGUCUGCCUCACAGGCCAGAGAUCCGUCUCAGCCCCAUCAUGGCGAUGCCUUGUGGUGUUGUUCUCCCCAUCGGUCUCUUCAUCUAUGGCUGGACUGUUGAGAAGCGCGUUCACUUCAUCGUUCCCAUGCUCGGUGUUGUCGUUUUCAGCAUUGGACUUAUGGGUGUUAUGACCUGUGUUCAGAACUACCUCCUCGACACCUACCCUCGUUACGCCGCCUCAGUUACUGCCGCACUCGCGGUCCUUAGAUCUCUCGCAGGAGCUCUAUUGCCCCUUGGUGGUCUGGAGAUGUACAAUGCUCUCGGUCUCGGCUGGGGCAACAGUCUGUUGGGCUUCAUCGCCCUCGCUCUGGUUCCUAUCCCCCUCCUCUUCUACCUCUUCGGUGAGCGUAUCCGCGGCAAGUUUCAGCCCAAAUUGUGA